AUGGAUGUGUUGGGGAUCUUUAUCUCUCCAUUGCUUCAAUCUGUGAUUGACAAGUUGUUGUCCCCUGAUUUAAUCAACUUGGCGCGUCAUGAGGGUGUCAGCACUUCCAUCAAGAAGCUGAAGAAGUCAUUCGAAGAUAUAAACGAUGUUCUUGCUGAUGCAGAGGACAAGCAGAUAUCUGACAAGGCUGUCAAUAGGUGGCUGAAAGAGCUCCAGCAUUUGGCUUACGAUGCGGACGAUGUGCUGGAUGAGUUUUCUACUGAAGUUCUACGCAAGAAGCUGAUCAGGGCAGAGACUGAUGCGGUACGACGAUUCCUCCUUUCUACUUGUUGCACUGGUUUUACUCCAAGUGCGAUUUCAUUCGAUUUCGCAAUUGGGUCCAAGAUAAAGAAGAUCAAUGGUCAGUUGCAAGAUGCUACUACAAGAAUUAAGGAACUUGGUUUGGUGAAAAAGGCUAUUGGGGGGACUAAUAGGCCUGCGUGGCCGAGACGAGAAACUACAUAUUUGCUGGAUGAUCCUUUUGUUUGUGGCAGAGAUGAAGAUAAAAAAUGGAUUGUUGAAUUGCUUCUUAGAGAUACACCAACUCAAAACAAAGUUGAUGUCAUUCCCAUCACCGGCAUGGGUGGGAUUGGCAAGACUACUCUGGCUCAACUCAUUUAUGAUGAUGAUGGCGUCAAAAUCCAUUUCGAUCUAAAAGCAUGGGUUUGUGUAUCUGACGAGUUUGAUGUUAAGAAAAUAACAAAGGCAAUUCUGGAGUCAUUCACUCUCCAGUCAUGUGAUUUGGCAGAGUUAACUGCCCUUCAACGUAAACUUGAGGUCAUGCUGGCAGGAAAAAAGUUUUUGCUCGUCUUAGAUGAUGUGUGGAACCAUAGAGAUGAAGAAUGGAGUUCACUACAAUCUCCAUUGCGAGUUGGAGCACAUGGAAGUAAAAUCAUUGUCACAACGCGAAUCACAGCUGUUGCGGAAAAG